GGCGGGACUGUUACUGACUUAUGUAAACGGAAACUAGUGCCGCGCUGUUGUCAGUACGAAUGUAUCUACGGGCUUGUAUUGUAAUGAAACUAUGAAGUGCUGUCUCGCUUUAAUUCCCUUAACGCUGGCUGCGUGCUGUUAUGCAGACUUUGCGCCACCGAUCGUCAAAGUCAGUUUGGACGAGCCACCGAAAGAAAGAUGGGCACCGUUGAUCAAAGUGAUCGACGUGAGCUAUUUCAGAAAGAUUGCGUCUCUGAUUAUUGAGUCAAUUGUGCCAAAAUGGGUACAUCAAGCCAUCAAACCUGUGGUAGAAGCCUUGGAAGAUUACAUACCACAGCACUAUGCAGGAGAAAUCCAGGGACUGGCCUCCCUGUCCGGAGUUGACAUCACUGACAUCAUCCUCCUGAACUUCGCCUAUGAAAUCACAGCGUUUUGCACGAGUAUUGUCGCACAGGAUACAAAUGGCCGUAUCUACCAUGGGAGGAACAUGGACUACCCAUUUGUGGAGAUUCUGAGAAAUCUUACAGUUGAUAUUCUGUUUAUCAGAGAUGGAAAGGUGGCCUAUAGAGGGACCUCCUUUGCCGGCUAUGUUGGCCUGUGGACAGGACAAAGUGCAAAUAAUUUCACCAUCUCUGGAGAUGAACGUGAUGCUGGGUUUUGGUGGGAGAAUGUCAUCUCAGCCUUCAUACUGAAAAGCACACCGGCCAGCUGGCUCAUGAGAGAGACCCUGGCAGAGGCAGCAAGCUACCAGAAUGCCUUGGAGAGCUUGUCUAAGGUGCCCAUCAUCAGCGAUGUCUACUACAUCGUGGGCGGUGUGCAGCCGGGGGAGGGCGCUGUGGUGACCAGGGACCGCUUGGGAUCAGCAGACGUGUGGAGUCUUGAUCCUCCCCAUGGGCAGUGGUUCAGGGUCGAGACCAACUAUGAUCACUGGAAUCCCCCACCACAUGGAGAUGACCGUAGAACACCAACCAUCAAGGCAUUAAAUGCUACUGGUCAGGAGAACAUUAAUUUGGAUUCACUUUUUAAGGUGUUGUCAGCAAAUCCAACAUGCAAUAGGAUAACGGUUUACACAACAGUGAUGAGCGCUGGAACUCCUGAGAAUUAUCGUACCGUAAUGAGAGAGAAAUGCAACUUGGAGUGAAUAUCUGGCCCAGAAGCAUAAAUACUCAGGAGACCGUCAGUGUUUGGAUAGGAAUUAUGUGCUUGUAAGCAAUGUAUUAACCCUCAGUUGACCAAUCAGAAUGCCUGAUUUUUUUCUUCUUUCAUUUUAUUCAUGCGCAUUUUGUUAUAGAUCAAAACUGUUAACUUUUAAAUAUAAAGUCUUAGAUCCACAUAUAUGAUAUUUUAAAGCUUGUAAAUAACUCAUGGUUUACAACACUGCAAAUGCCUAUAAAAAUAAUGUUUUAUGCUAAUAAAAUUGAUAUCACAUGUGGUUACACUA